AUGGACCGCGACUUCCAACCCUAUGGCGGCCAUGACGGGCCGCGAAGUCGAGCAAGAAGACCGGUAACAGAUUACAGCUCGACAUACGUGCAGUGGAUGCGCAAUCGAAGACCGCGCUACAGGGGCACUCCAGCUGCCGAAUUUGAAAGGCCGAGCCCGAGCUACGUCGUAGACAUGUUACCUCCCGCCGCCAGGCUUUCAAACGCAGCCGACACCGUUCCAGUCAAGCACCUGCACCAGUCGCUCAACAAACAGAGACAUCCAAUACAAGUCGUGAGGUGGACGCCCGAGGGCAGGCGCGUACUCACGGGUGCGACAAGUGGAGAGUUCACUGUGUGGAACGGCACGGGCUUCAAUUUUGAGACGAUAUCGCAGGCUCACGACGGGGCGGUCCGCGCGGCAAAAUACUCUCAUAGCGACGAUUGGCUGAUAUCGGCGGACCAAAUCGGUAUGAUCAAGUAUUGGCAGCCAAACUUCAACCUCGUAAGGAAGAUGCAGGCACAUGAUCUGCCUGUCAGAGAUCUUGCCUUUUCUCCGACAGACUCGAAGUUCGUCAGUGCGUCUGACGAUGGCACUCUCAAAAUUUGGGACUUCGCUGGAGGGACAGCGGAGAGUACUCUCAGGGGACACGAGUGGGAGGUGAAGGCGGUGGAUUGGCAUCCGCAUAAGGGUCUACUCGUCUCUGGCUCCAAAGACUCCAAGGUCAAGCUAUGGGACCCGAGAACUGGCCGGUGCUUGACUACUCUGUAUGGACAUAAGAACCAGAUUGCCAAGACCUUGUUCGAGCCGACUCAGGGACAGCUGCUUGCAACGUGCGCUAGAGAUCACACGCCGAGGAUUUUUGACUUGCGCAUGAUGCGCGACAUGCUUCUGCUUCGUGGUCAUGAGAAAGACGUGACGACUCUGACGUGGCAUCCGAUCCACCGGAAUCUGCUGACUACCGCCGGAUCCGAUGGCAGCAUCAUGCAUUAUCUUCUCGACGAGCCGAAUCCUCCGCCUGGAAUUUCGGAGACUCUCUCGCCGUAUGACAGUUCUGACCCUGCCAAUGCUCCAAGUCAAUCGAUAUACCCAGCUCACCGCAUUCCAUACGCUCAUGAGCUGCAAAUAUAUGCCCUUGACUGGCACCCGGUAGGUCACAUCCUGGCAUCCGGGUCGAACGACCGGAUAACCCGCUUCUGGACCCGAGCACGUCCUGGAGAGAGCGCAUACGUCAACGAUCGGUUUCACAUUGGCCAAGCUGCUGCUGAAGCGCAGGGCACGUAUGAUCGCAGAGAAGGCAAGAGACAGAUGCGCGAGGAAGAAGAAAUGGAAGCGGAAGACGAAGCAAAGGGGCUGGUCGAUCAAAGCAUGCCACCGCGGACGCAAGCUGCGGCGUUGCCUGGCUUACCUGGAAUAUCUCUCGGCAGGGACGGCACAAGUACAGGCGGUGCUCAGAUGCCAGGACUGGGAAGUGCGCCUCAACCGCCAAUUCCACCGCCUGCUGCAGGCUUUCCCCCUUUCGACCCUUCCAAGAUGGAUCUCUCACAGCUGGCGGCGCUGUGGGGCGGAAAGCCGCCGAUACCGCUUCUUGGCCCGGACGGCAAACCGCUACCUCCUCCAGGGUUUCCGCCCCCCGUUGGCUUUCCACUGCAGCCGCCGCCGGGAGGCUUCCAAGGCUUGCCGCUUGUGCCGCCACCGAACGUGGGAGCGCCUUUGCCGGGCGUAGCUGGGGCUUCGAAUGGAGGCGGUGGGGUAAGGCGGCGGGCGCCGCUGCCUAGUCAGCAAGAAAGCCUUCAAGAGGAGAUGCGGAGAGGGAAAUUCAGGAAUGCUAGGUGA